AUGCUUUCUUCGGGCGUUGCAGUGAUCUAUACAUCUCUCUUCUUAUCCUCCCAUCUUAUUCGCACGGUGUCUCCCUUUCAAAAACAACAUACUCCUCUCGGGUACCGAUCCUCUCGCAGCACACCUGCCACUGGUGUCUCGCCGUUUGCUGCUACUGGCGAACCAGGCAGAGUUUCCGUCAGUCCAACUAUCCAAAGAGAGCUCGAAGGCCCCAAAGAUCCAGAGUCUGCCACCACUGUUCCUAUACGAACUUCAAACAGCCAAGAGAACGCCUGCACUCGCCCUUCUUUUGGCCUAACAUCCUACACCACCCUCACUAAUCGACAUUUUGCGGAUAUCGAUCCCUCGUCGCCCCUCAACAACUCAGCAUCCAAGUCACAGAAGUUUACUCGAUUUCGUAAUGAGUGGGAGGCUUAUAUGGGUGUAGAGCCUCGAGAAAGCUCUAAUUACGAGCGUCAUUGGCGAGGAGAGACUCCUGCCCGUUACAAAACCCGCAGGGGUUACCGUCCGCCGCCUUCAAUCCUGAACAGCCGAUACGGGACCACUAGCCAAGAGUUAGACGACGAAGUUUACGAUGACAGCCAAAGCUUUUCUCGAGACCCCUUGGAUGCCCCUAGAACGCGUCGUACGAUGGAUGAAGAGAUGGGAUAUCAAACUCAACCCUUUUUUACCGGUGGUUCCCUGAAUCCCGCUCGAAGCUUUGGCCCUUGUGCCAUUGCCGGAAAGUUCGACGAAGAGCACUGGAUCUACUGGGUUGGGCCCUUCGUCGGAUCGGUAAUCGUAGUUCUAUUCUAUCGAUUUAUCAAGACUUUGGAAUACGAGAUAGCAAACCCCGGUGCCGAUAGCGACGAUGCCCGCCCUUCCAAGAUCCACGAGAAGAUUGUCGAGACUCCCUAUGUCAAAGCCGCACCUUCGGUAGCCGCUUCGAGUCGCAGUUGA